AUGUAUUUGAAUUUCGUUGAUGAGAAAUGGAUAAAUAAGAUAGAUUUAGUUGUGCUUUUAAUUGGUCAUUGGUUUUUGAAACCUUUGGCUUACUACGAGGGUGAUUUAGUUUUAGGCAAUGCUGAUCUUCGUGAAAAUGAAUUACAGCUUCAUCAUGCAUUGAGAAAGGCUUUAAGGAUCACCCUUAAAACCUUAAAGAAUUUUCACCAUCAUCAUCGCAUCACAAUUACAGUACAACACAAAUCUAUCAGGAGAAUUGUUGUUGACAAAUAUGCAUUGGCUGAGAAACACAAUUCUUGGAAAUACAGAUCAACAAGUAUUGAAUACACAAGGAGGGCCAAGCCGGAUGCCGGUUUUGAUCUUUUUCAGUCAGAUUCUUUUGUUGUAAAAUUUGAUGAUGUUAAUGUCAAGGUCUUAACCUACUCUGCGCAAGAUAGUAUGUUCAAGGUUUUUGACCUUAAAAACUACACUUUUCUAUACUCGUUUUCAUUUAGCAAUGUUCAACGGAUCAACAUCAGUUCUGGCAUCAUGUUAUUCAUCUUCCAAAGAAGAAGUGAUCAUAUUCCAAUCAAGAUUAUAUCCAUUGAGGAUGGCUUAGUUCUCAAAGAAUUCAGUUAUCUACAUUGGAAUAAGGAGGUAGACUUCAUAGUGCAAUGCAAUGAAAAGCUUUUAGUCAAGCAGGACAAUGUCAACCUUCAGAUUCUUGACUUACAAAGUUCUAAGCUGACGCCGGUAGUAAGCAGAACUGAGUUCAUGAAACCAACUAUAUUUAUCCUUCUUUACAAGAAAGAGUUAUUCCUUACUCUCAUAAACCGAACAAUUUCUGUAUGGAACUUUCGUGGAGAACUGGUUACAUCAUUGGAGGAUCACUUGUUACGACAUCCACUAUGGCAUGCACACUUCAACUUAAACCACAAUUACAUAACAAGUGAUCAGAACCUGAUCAUUUCUUACUGCAGGGAUGACUCUGAAGAUCAAUCGAAGGAAACCAAUGCGGUAGGUUCCAUCAAUGUGAGCAGCAUCUUGUCGGGGAAAUGUGUGGCGAAAAUUAAUGCUGCAAAAGCUUUGGAGUGCAUUGAUUCAUCUCAAAUAAUGUCAGUUCCAGUCCCAGAGGCUUUGGAGGGUAUAACCACCCUCUAUUGAAUUUAUGAUGAAGACCGGAACGCGAUUUAUACGGGUAACAGACAUGGUCUUGUUCAUGUCUGGUCCAACUCCAACCAACUGAUGAUAAAAAAGGAAUAG